ACCAGAUUACGCGUUAAUCCCAUUAUGAUGCUGCCGCAAUGUGAGGGCCGGUUGGAGGGAUUAGAAACUAAAGGCUCGAGCUUCAGGACAGGAUCAGCAGCAAACUGGGUGACUGUAGCUACUAACAUUGAUAAAGACACUAAUGGCACAUGUAAACAGUUUAGAUGACACUGCCACUAACCAAACAAGUAAAGGGCAUAUUCAUGAAGAUACACUGGCAUGGGGUCUGCUGAACGUUUAAUGUUUGGAGCGAGCUGCUGACGAUAGUGUACCACCGGUUUUGACCGAUGAGAGAAUGAUUAACCUGGCUGGCAAUGAUGAUGCAUGUGUGUGUAUGUGUGUGUGUCUGUGUCACUGUCAGGGUGUGUAUACAUGACAGUAGGUGAUGGUCUCGAUGAGGGACAGAGAUCACAGACUUUAACAAAGACAGCAGAGCAUCUGACCAAGACGAGAGACAAUGUGCAGGAGUGCGGACAGAAACUGUGCCUAAUUGUCCUGCAUUAUUGGUGUUUUAAGUGGAAAGUGUUUUGCAACAGGCAGUAUAUCAAACUCAAAGGAUUGUAUUUCAUCUUCAAGAGCCCAAAAAUUGUUUGUUGGCUCCCUUGGUCCAAAGCAGCCAGCGGAGUAAGUGCUUAUUAAAAGUACAGCAGCGGCACAAUAGCUGCGACUAUGUCAAGGUCUGAGGAAGCAGUCAGAGUCUGAUACAGCAAGUAGAAGCAGGAGUAGGUUCAACAGAAAAUACUAGGUGAAUACAAUCUGUACCAGGCUGCGGGCUCUACUGUGUCUUCAUCCUCUACCUCCUCAUCUUCUGCUCCAGCUGCAACUUCAGCUCCUGUAGCAAACCAACAUAAUCAAAUCCUCAACUAGUCCAGCGUCUGGCUCUUCCACAAUCUGCAGCAGUCUCAGCUGUUGCCAUGGCGUCAGCAGCUCUAGAGCUGAUGGGCUUCUUCCUGGGCCUGCUGGGGAUGCUGGGCACCAUGGUCGCCACAGUGCUACCCUACUGGCAGAUUUCCGCCCACAUCGGCUCCAACAUUGUCACGGCUGUGGCCAACAUGAGGGGCCUGUGGAUGGAGUGCGUCUACCAGAGCACAGGGGCCUUUCAGUGUGAGACCUACAACUCUAUGCUGUCCCUACCCUCCAACCUGCAGGCCUCUCGCGCCCUCAUGGUCAUCUCCAUUGUGCUAUCUGUACUCGCCAUUGCCAUGGCGGCCCUGGGGAUGCAGUGCACUCUCUGUUUGGAGGGCACAGGUUCAGUUAAGAGUCGUGUGGCAGGCGCCAGCGGGGGCUUAUUCCUUGCUUCCGGCUUCCUUUCACUCAUUCCGGUGGCAUGGACCACACACGAGGUGGUCCAGACCUUCUACCAACCCAACUUGCAUUCAAGUAUGAAGUUUGAGCUGGGGGAGUGUCUCUUCAUUGGUCUGGCCUCUGCGCUUAUCUCCAUGCUGGGAGGGGGGAUGCUGUCUGUGUCAUGCUGUGAGGAGCAGGAUGGUGGUCGUGGGAGACGGCACGGCGGAGGGUAUCCAUAUCCAGUGGGAGGCGGCGUGGCGGGCACAGGGGUACGGACAACCUCACAGACCUACCACAACCCCACCCUGCAGGUGGGCGGCAUCAACGCAGCCAGCAGGGGGCAGACGUUGCUCCGCGGUACCAGUCACAGCUCCGAGUCGAGUGCACAUGGAAUCCAGGGAGCCAAGAAGCCCACUGCGGCAGGAUAUGACAUCACAGGAUACGUGUGAGGUUACUGUAACUACAUCACACUGUUAAAUACGGCCCCCUGACAACUUACUUUCAAUUACAUGUAUUUAUGUAAUGUAUUUAAUUGAAUGUUUUCACUAUAUAUACUUGACAGAGCAAGAGGACAAUUGAAAUACAAACGAGUCAACUGUAUCACAAGAAUCUUGCUUGUUCAAAAGUUAGUUGACAACAAGUCAAGAGUCUUCACUGCCUCACUGCUGCAACAGUAAACACAGUUGAGAGUCCUUCCGCUCAUAUUAUUCCCAUUUUAAAAUGCUUUUUAUGAAAACAUCGGUGCCUAAUGGUUUGGUGCCCAUUGAUGAAUUGGAUUGGAGGGACACAGCUCUACACUUUCACAAAUACAUUUCCAAAGAUCCAUGUUACAUUGCAGAAAUUUGCUAUAGACAUACACCUGUUCUUUUCUAUAUAUAGAGCCAACAAAUGCAUUAAAUGUUUGUGUGAAAUAAAAAGGCAAAUGUACUUUGUAAAAUUGAAUGGGUUAUGGAAACAUACAUACAUUGAUUUGGUCUCUUGGACUGUUUGAACAUGUAAGUAAUAUCUAGGGAACAUUUUGACUUUCACUUGGUUUUUGGUGACUUUAUUAUUUGGACAGUUCAAUGUUGAUAACUAUUUGCUGCAUGUGUUUAAAUAUUCACCCUUGUUUUCAAUGUAAAACCUGAACCCAACCCUGAUAUUUAUAUACACUUCUCACAGUACUGUAUCAUCUAAAGCUCAAACAUGUUAUUGACACAUUACAGUCCAUUCAUUGUUAAUUAGUUACAGGACACUGGAAGUGUUACUAAAUCAAAAUGUAAUUGUCUUGUUAAGUACAGUUGAGAAAGACAUUUUUAUAAUGCUGUUUUCAUAUUAAUAAAUAUUGUGCCUUAUUAUCACUA